AUGAAGAAUAACAGGCAGAGUGGCAUCUUUUCUCUUCAGGCCGUAUUUGCUUGCUCUUUGACCGCCACCUUGGCGGCCUACAACGGACCCCUCGCUGGAGGCCUUCCUGCUGCCCAGUACCCCGCCGGUGUCGACCCCAAAUCCUGUCCAAACUUCCCUGACUGCUCCAACCCAGCCGUAGCAGUGCAAUCACCUCAAGCCUAUCAAGCGCCAUCUCAAUACCAACAACCAGCUCCCCAAUACCAGCAACCCGCGCCCCAAUACCAACAAGCUCCUCAAUAUCAACAACCCCAACAGUACCAAGCACCUGCUCCUCAGUACCAACCUCAGCAACCACAACCCAUCGCUCACUACAAGGAUGCCGUUUCCCAAUACAACCCUGUCCUGCCACAACAGUACAGCCAAUCACCCCAGCAGCAACAGUAUUCCCCAGAAAUCCAGAACGCCUUGAACAGAGGAGAGUAUAUUGGUGAUGGCGAUUACCACGGUGAAGGUCUCAGGGAAGCACUUGCUCCAGAAGCCCAACAACCAGCCCGGCCCGCCUACAACGCUGCCCCUCAGUACCAACAGGCCCCGGGACCCCAGUACCACCCCCCAGCCUCCCAAAUCCCCGCUGGAGUUAAUGCCCAAGCGUGUCCCAACUAUCCUUUCUGUCACUAAUGAUUCACUCUUCUACAGCCAGACUGCCAGCUGACA